AUGUAUCACAAAAACAACUUCAUAUCUUUUCUCACUCAGCAAGUACUUAUAAGACUGUUUAUUUUGAAGCACUAGAAAUUUCCCACAUGUCCUUUGCUCCUUUGUAGAAAUUCACUCCCUGGAGUACAUCUACACCGCACUGUCCAAGCCAAUUGGUCUUCCUGGUAUCUACGAGUUCACGGCCAUGGGAAUCCUGGAUGACAAAGAGAUUGACUAUUACAACAGCCAGGAGAAGCUUAAGAUUCCAAGACAGAACUGGAUGAAAGAGCGCCUGAAUAGGAAUUACUGGAAUAGAGGAACACAGUCCCGCAGGAGCAAAGAGCAGUGGUUCAAAGUCAGCAUCAACAUUCUGAUGGAUCGCAUGAGACAUAACAACUCUGAUGUCCAUGCGCUCCAGUGCAGGAUUGGCUGUAGAGGUGUCCAUCAGCCUGACGGCAGUCUGAGAUUUCUUGGCAGCACUUAUAGCUAUGGGUACGAUGGUGAGGACUUUCUGUCCUUUGAUGACUCCAACUCACAAUGGAUUGCCUCAGUUCCAGCAGCCCUGCCCAGCAAAAGAAAACGGGACAAAUUUCAGAUCCUGAACCAGUACACUAAAGGCUAUCUGCAGAAGGAGUGUAUGGACUGCUUAUCAAAGUUCAUGUAUUAUGGGGAAGCAGAUCUGAGGAAACACUCUCCUCCAUAGGUUUUUUUAUAUGCAAGGAAGUCUAAAAUCUCUGGAAAAGUGUUUCUUCACUGUCUGGCCACUGGACUUCAUCUGAAAGAUGUUAAGCUUGAUCUUUAUAGGAACGGAGUCGUUAUGACUGAGAGCGAUGGGCUGAUGAGCACCGGAAUCAGACCCAAUGGACUGAAUCCUGAUCAGGUCAAUCCCAGUGAAAGACCAGAGGAAACAUAUCAGCUGAGGAAGUCCAUAGAAGUGUCUCUGUCUGACAACAGUGUCUACAAGUGUGAAGUGGACCACAGGAUAUUGAAAGAGCCUAUUAUCAUAG